AUGAUUGUUUCAUGCGGCAGCGUGUCCUAUCCCAAUGGUGCGGUGCGGCAUCCAUAUCCGGCCUCGAAAGGCUCAAUCAUGGACUCCACCGCUCUCGACCCGUUCAUCCUGUCGCGCAUCCAGUUCGCGGCCAACAUCUCGUUUCACAUCCUGUUUCCGACGAUCACCAUCGCGCUCGGCUGGGUGCUGUUCUACUUCAAGCUGCGCUACCAUCGCUCGGGCGACGCGGCGUGGAUGGAUGCCUAUUUCUUCUGGGUGAAGGUGUUUGCCCUGUCCUUUGCGAUGGGCGUCGUCUCGGGCAUCACCAUGAGCUUCCAGUUCGGCACAAACUGGCCUGGCUUCAUGGAAACCGUCGGCAACAUCGCCGGCCCCUUGCUGGCUUAUGAGAUCAUGACCGCCUUCUUCCUGGAGGCGGUGUUCGUCGGCAUCAUGCUGUUCGGUUUCCGGCGCGUUUCGAACCGCAUCCACACGCUGGCAACGUUCCUUGUCGCCUUCGGCACGACGAUGAGCGCGUUCUGGAUUCUCGUCCUGAACUCGUGGAUGCAAACGCCCGCGGGCUUUGAAAUGCGCGACGGCGUGGCGCAUGCGACCGACUGGUUUGCCAUCAUCUUCAACCCGUCCAUGCCCUACAGGCUCAUCCACAUGCUGCUGGCGUCGGGCCUGACCGUUGCGUUCCUGAUCGCCGGCAUUUCCGCCCUGCGCUACCUGCUCGGCGACCGCACCCCUGCAUUGCGCAAGGCGCUGAACACCGGGAUCGUGCUCGGCGCGGUUCUCAUUCCUGCGCAGAUUCUUGCCGGUGACAUGCACGGGCUGAAUACGCUGGAACAUCAGCCGGCCAAGAUCGCCGCGAUGGAAGGCCAUUGGGAGACGCAGAGCCGCGCGCCGCUGAUCCUGUUCGCGCUGCCGGACGAAGAAGCCCGCGAGAACAAUUUCGAGGUGAAGAUCCCCGGCCUUGCCAGCCUGAUCCUGACCCAUUCGCUGGAUGGCGAGGUGCCGGGGCUUAACGAUUUCGUGCUGGAGGACGGCACCAUCAAGCAUCCGCCUGUGGCGCCCGUCUUCUGGGGUUUCCGUAUCAUGGUCGGCACGGGUCUGGUGAUGCUGGUCAUGGCAUGGACAGGCACCUGGUUCCUGUGGCGCCGCGGCGGCACCGCCAAUCCGCUGCCGCGCUGGCUGGCACUCGGUUUCGUGCCGAUGGCUGUCAGCGGCUGGGUCGCGACCCUGUCGGGCUGGUAUGUCACCGAGAUCGGCCGGCAGCCAUGGCUCGUCACCGGCGUGAUGACCACCAAGGACGCGCUCGGCCCCGUCGCUGGCGGCAUGGUGCUGUCGACGCUUCUGGCCUAUCUCGCCGUCUAUGUUCUGCUGCUCGGCGCCUACGCCUUCGUCAUCAUCCGGCUGGCCGUCAAGGCAGCCAGACAGGGCGAUGAACGGCCGGAGCCCGGUCCCGCGGGGGGCACCGCGAUCCCGGGCGGCAAAGACGCCAUGCCCCAGCCGGCGGAGUGA